AUGUUGCGCGCAGCUCCAUCAUGCGGAGAUGGCAGGACUUUGUGCAGUAUUCGCGCAGUUUCGCUUCCAACUCUGACAUGCCCUUGCCGGAUAUCUGACCGUGUUCCAAGCGUGUGGCAUUUCGAUUUUUGGCGCCGCCUGUCACUGGCUGGCUGCUGUUGGGUGCGACUGGGAGGGAGUAUCCGUCGGCGUCAAGAUGUGCAUUGCCGCAGCUCUUGUCCUGGCAUCCACCUUAUAGUGGAUGGAGACUCGCAUAAUACAGAAGAGAUCGCCUGGGCUUUGCAGAAGCUGGAGGUGGGGGCGGACCCGGUGACAGGGACACUCUUUGCAAGCCCUGGCCGGCUUCGAAAUAAGAAGUGGGCGCAGUUUGUUCGUGACAGAGGUCUUCUGUUCCACGGUGUCGAAAAAACAGGUGGCUACAGUGAUCCUACUGAUGAGGCCAUCAUCAGUCACAUGCGCAGGCUUGCCCUUCUUCCAGAUGUGACCUGCAUAGCCCUGCUGACACCCGACAGUGAUUUCAUACCCUGUGCGAAGCAAAUUCAGGAUACAGGUGGAGAGAUUCGUAUUCUAAUUGGGGAGCCGAAUCGGGAUUCGAUCACGCGGUACAGGGAAGCCGGAUUUGAUGUCGUAGAAGUUCCUCCUCGUCGUGAGCACGCAGGUUACAGAGUGCAAGCCUUCCUUUAUAGUGAUGGCACUGGCGCAGUUCAUACAUGCGAACCAAUCAGAAGAGUGUACUGCGACAGUGAGACUGAGGCAUUGCGAAAGUUCCUAGGGCAGCAGGGAGACUGGAAGGACUCGCACUUCCUUGCAACUUGCUUCGCCAAGCAUUGGUUUGCUAGUUCUCUCGGAACUCUCACCGUUUUCCCCAGGCACAGCGCAAUCAUGCAGAUGAGUAGGGCGGUAUCGGCGGGUCGCUUGCAGCUGCAAGAGGCUGCCCGAACUUUAGCAUAUUUCUUCCCACUCGGUUUGUCAUCGAAGAGAAAGAGAAAGAAAUCUCAGAGAGUUGGUGGAGAUCUGGCCUGGAAAGUUUCCAGAAGUACUGGACCAUUUAUGCUGCAUGACUCUGAGACGCUCACGGUCCGUGCCUUGCAGAAACUUGGAUACUUUGACGGAGUGUACAACUCGGAUGUAUCGGAGUCCAUGCUGGUGUUUGCCAACAUGUCCACGAACAAGCGGUUGUUGCGAGAGACAGGAAACCUGCCGGACGCCACAGAUUCAGGGAGUCAACUGGAUGCCAAGAUCCGACAGGCCUUUCUUUCAAGCGCGACCGCCGGUCAUUGGCAAGUACCGCCCAAAGACACGCAAGUGCGGAAUCUCCUUUUUCGCGACGGGUGCCUUCCAGCUGAGAAUGUCUCCCAAAUUGUGAUGCUGUCAGCAAUGCAGCUCUACUGUCGUCGUCAUGGCUUGCCAGCAAGGCAAACCUACCUGGGAAACGUCUGGCAGAUAACCCAGCAGAUAAACUCUGCUGAUCCUGACCGCCGGGAAGUUGUAGGAGGUUUCUGA